AUGCGCUUUGCCAUUAUUGCUUCAUCCCUUCUUCUCGCUCAGGGCAGCUGCCUCGCUGCUCCCCGCGUCAACACGGCCGAAGGCUUUUCUCCCGUUCCGAGAAGCAAGCUCGAGGCUCGUGAUUCCUAUGACUGCAACGGAAGCGGACUCUGCGGCGCAAUUCCUGUCAGAGACUGCGAUCAAGCCGUCAACAACAGACUGAUUCGUAACAACGAUGUCAACUAUGGCGCACCUGGGAGCGGGAGACCCCAGACGGGUACAUGCCAAGGCUACUGUGGCAUCUUCAUCCAGGGGAGAUCUACCUGUGCUCGCACGGGCAAUCAGAUCUGGUAUGACUAUCAGGACAUCAGACGCAAUGGUUGCCGAAUCUGUGGCAGUAAGCAUUGGGGAGAUGGUUGCUUGACGACCAUCAACCGUGUCAGUGGCUGCCCCAACUGA